CGAUACUGUGGACCAAGCAAUCCUGAAUGAAUAGCUAAAGCAACUUCCAGCUUUCUUAAACAAAAGGAGGAAGAGCUUCCAUGCUUGAAAUUUAUUCUAUAUGAAAUUCUUCACACUGACUUAAGCAUGCAGGACAGAAGCUGUGAGCAAGCUGUUCCAAUGCCAAUGGAGGCAUAUUCUGCAGAGAAGAGCACACAUGUGGGGAACCAUGAAAACACAUCUGAGGAUUCCUCAUCUUAUGAACUCUUCUAUGAUUCCCUAUCAGACAUACCAGAUGGGGAACUUUCAAAUGAGCUAUCUGCCUUUCUUAGUGACGAAGAAAUAAGCAAAAGCCUGGAACUUGCUCACACAUCUAUUGUGAAUUCUGUAAAGGAGGAUGGGAACGCAAACCAGGAGUUCACAUAUUACUUCAACACUUCUCCAAACUCACUAGAUAAUGCCUCUUCCAUUGAGACCAAUGGGGAUAGUCAAAACACUUCCAAUAGGACUCAGGUGACCAGCCCAAACUCACUACUGAUUUCAGCUCAAACUCUCCCAGACCAGAACAUGUAUUCUCAGGAAGCAAACAACAUUCACAAUGUUACUGGGAAACCAUCCAGCAUAUCUUCCCUGCUGCCUGCAAGACCCAGCUUCAUUCGGAGCCUAAAAAACGCUGAAAAGUGUGGUCCAAGCAUGCAAAAGCUGAGCCCCAAAUCCAAACCAACUUCUGCAGGUGAUGUUCCCUUCAAGAAUAAGAUGUGUGACAAAGCGGCUACUUUAAUUGAAGAACUCUCUUCCAUCUUUCGUGAAGCAGCCAAGACAAGAGUCAGGAGCCCUGACGGAAACUCCUCUUCACCAGAUAGUGGGUAUCUUUCUCCUAAAAACAAGCAACCAACCAUGCCUAAUUCCAUAAGGAAUCCAACCCCUGACAAAACAUGCCCAGAGAUCACACCUGCGAAUGAGGUGCCUGAAGACACUCAUACUGGAGAGUCUGUGCUCCAAAGGAAAGAAGACUGCAAGGCCAGUGAGAAUGCUUCCCUGUUCCAGGUCACAAAAGAGAUGCACAGUCAACUUUCACCCCCUCGAUUUACCCAGAAACUCAGGAGUCAAGAAGUUGCGGAAGGAAGGAAGGUCCUGCUUGAGUGCAGAGUCGCUGGAAACCCAACACCCCAUGUCAGGUGGUUCUGCGAGGGCAAAGAACUGCAAAAUUCUCCCGAUAUUCAGAUCUGUUGUGAAAGUGGAGGGCUCCAUACACUAAUUAUAGCAGAAGCCUUUGAGGACGACACAGGGCGCUACUGUUGCCUGGCCUCAAAUUCUGUUGGUUCUGAUUCUACAUCAGCAGAACUGUUUGUUGAAGGUGCCAGCUCUUCUGAUUCUGACAGUGAGGUUUUCAGAUCAAAAUCUGGAGCCAUGCCACAGGCCCAGAAGAAAAGUACUUCUGUUUCUUUAACGAUAGGAUCUUCUGCUCCAAAGGCUGGCAUCACUACAGCAGUCAUCCAGCCUAUUUCUGUGCCUAAUCUGCAGGUCCAAAGUCCUACUUCAUACCUCUGCAGAUUAGAUGGAUCAAAACCUAGUAAUGCUGCACCUAUUUUUACAAAGGAGCUACAAGAUUCAACAGCAAGUGAAGGACAAGUUGUUGUGCUUGAGUGCAGAGUGAGGGGAGCACUUCCUUUGCAUGUCAUUUGGUCUCGGCAAGGAACCGAAAUACAGGAUUCUCCAGAUUUCCGAAUUCUUCAAAAAAAGCCACGAUCUGCCGCUGAACCUGAGGAGAUAUGUACUCUUGUAAUCGCAGAGACCUUUCCUGAGGAUGCAGGAACCUUCACUUGUACAGCAAGAAAUGACUAUGGAUCAGUCACAAGCAGUGCAGAGCUGACCGUGCUGUCAGCCAGUUCUGAAAUCUCCAGCCGUGACUUGCCAAUGAGAGAACAGAACGACGAUGACUUCCACCACUUCCCACCCCCACCUACAAACCUUGAGAUCAGUUCUAUUGAGCUUCCUCCAAAACACUUGGAGAGCCACCAGAUGAACAAUGCCAGAUCCAGUGUAGCAGCUUUUCAAUUACAGCUCAACUCUGCAGAGAAGAAAACCAAUGGUGUCCAUCCCAGCCGUAGAGUCAAUGGGGUAGUUAACGGUGACACCCAAAUCAAUAUAUCUUCUCAUCCUGCUGGCCUGCUUUCACCUACAAAAACACCACCUCCAGUCCUUGCUAAGCCAAAGCUGGACCCUCUAAGGCUUCAGCAGCUGCAAAACCAAAUCCGACUGGAAAAAGAAUCUGCCCAGUGGUGCCCUCAGCAGCAAGCUGGUUUCCAUCAGACUCUGCCCUUGUCUCCAACUUUCCCCCCUCCACCUUCAUUCCAAGAACUUGAGUCAAGUCACUCUGCCACUUCUCCUGGGCAAAUGAGCGUUCUGAACUCCCAUUCUGCUCCCGCCAUGCAGUCAUCCGGCUCCUUCAACUAUGCCCGUCCUAAGCAGUUCAUUGCUGCGCAGAACAUCAGCCCUGCUUCCAGCUACGUGACUCCUUCCUCCGGAUCUUCAACAUCAAGCCUUCCAUCUCCCAUGUCUCCAACAGCUUCUCAGAAACAAUUUGGCAGAACAUCUGCUCCCUCUUUCUCUCAGCCAUUUGCUCCGGAGGGGGAGUACCCGUGGUCUCCUUCUCCACCGCCUCCACCUCCACCAGUUUUCAGUCCAACAUCAUCUUUUCCAGCCGCCGAUUUCUUUCCACUGCCGCCACCUCCACCACCUCCUCUCCCGACUUCUGUCCCUUCACCCUCUGGCAGCCUUUCUCCAACAUCAAGGUUUUCAAACUCCGGCCAGUCCCCAGCUGCCUUCCUCAGCUCCAUGCUGCCAUCCCAGCCAACUCCCAUCUCUGUCAACGCACUAGGACUUCCAAAAGGCGUCACACCGCCUGGAUUUCCAAAGAAAACAGGCAGAACUGCUAGGAUUGCAUCUGAUGAAGAAAUUCAGGGCACAAAAGAUGCUGUUAUUCAGGACCUGGAAAGAAAGCUUCGCUUCAAAGAAGACUUACUGAACAAUGGCCAACCAAAGUUAACCUACGAGGAGAAGAUGGCUCGUCGACUGCUAGGUGCUGACAGCGCUGCAACCGUAUUUAAUAUUCAAGAGCCGGAAGAAGAACUGGCAGGACAGGGAAGUGGCUCUCUCAGUGCUUCUGUAGUGACUCCCAAGGAUGCCCAAAAGGAAUACAAAGUCUCCAGCUUUGAGCAGAGGCUGAUCAGUGAGAUUGAGUUUCGGCUGGAGAGAUCUCCUGUAGAAGAGUCUGAUGAUGAGGUCGAGCAUGGAGAAGAAGACCCGGAGAACAGUGUGGCACCGUAUUUUGAGAUGAAGCUGAAGCACUACAAAAUAUUUGAAGGAAUGCCAGUCACCUUCACCUGCAGAGUGGCUGGAAACCCAAACCCAAAGAUCUAUUGGUUCAAAGAUGGGAAGCAAAUAUCUAAAAGGAGCGAGCACUACAGGAUGCAAAGAGAACCUGAUGGGACCUGCUCUCUCCACACUGCAGCUUCUGCCCUGGAUGAUGAUGGGAAUUACACUAUCAUGGCUGCCAACCCUCAGGGCAGGGUAAGCUGUACAGGAAGGCUGAUGGUCCAAGCUGUCAACCAGAGAGGACGUAGUCCCCGGACACCUCCUAGUCAGCCGCAUGUCAGAAGACCUCGAUCUCGAUCAAGGGAUAGUGGAGAUGAAAAUGAACCAAUCCAGGAGCGUUUCUUCCGACCUCAUUUCCUGCAGGCCCCGGGAGAUCUGAUAGUUCAAGAAGGAAAACUUUGCAGAAUGGACUGCAAGGUCAGUGGCUUACCAACACCAGAUAUCAGCUGGCAAGUCAAUGGAAGAGUUAUACGUUCUGACAGCUCCCACAAAAUGCUUGUACGGGAGAAUGGCGUGCACUCCCUGAUCAUAGAACCUGUCACAGCAAGGGAUGCUGGCAUCUAUACAUGUGUUGCCACCAAUCGAGCUGGUCAGAACACUUUCAGCUUGGAACUGAUCGUUGCAGCUAAGGAAGCACACAAGCCACCAGUAUUUGUAGAGAAGCUACAAAACACAGGUGUAGCUGAGGGGUAUCCUGUGCGACUGGAAUGCCGGGUUUCAGGUGUGCCGCACCCUCAGAUCUUCUGGAAGAAAGAAAACGAGUCGCUCACAUACAAUACUGACAGAGUGAGCAUGCACCAGGAUAACCAUGGCUACAUCUGCCUGCUUGUUCAGGGAGCUACAAAAGAAGAUGCUGGUUGGUACACUGUGUCAGCAAAGAAUGAGGCUGGGAUUGUGUCCUGCACAGCAAGGCUGGAUGUCUAUACUCAGUGGCAGCAACAGCCCCAGACCACCAAACCAAAGAAGGUGCGUCCCUCAGCUAGUCGAUAUGCAGCACUUUCUGACCAAGGACUAGACAUCAAAGCUGCGUUUCAGCCAGAAGCAAACCCAGGACACCUGACACUACAAUCUGGAUUGGUAGAAAGUGAUGAUCUGUAAAUCUUGGCUAUCAGGCCUACCAUUUCCUUUCAAAGUGAAAACACUGAAAGCCAUUGUCUUGACCAAUGAUAAUUUAUGCCACUUUAUGUGAAAGGCAAACACCAUUGUGUGCAAAAGAUAAAGAACACCUUAAUCAUGUAUUUCUUGCUCGUUGUUACAAUUUAAAGUAGUGAUUAUUCAAUGGAAAUGUACAGCCCCUACACAUGAACAUCACCUUCACCAUAACUGUUUCAUUACUAUGGGGGUAGCACUGUUUUUAAAUAACCCUAUUCACAAAUGCCAAAUGCUGAAGUGAAUGAGAUUUUUCGGAAGCAAGCACACUGCAGAACUUAUCACCAAGUGCCUUUUGCAAGUUGUAGGUGCUAUAACUCGUAAUGAAUAAUGCUAGUUAUUUUUUAAAGCUACAACACAGCAGCAAGUGUAUCAGCAACACAUUCUGAUUAACAGCAGUAAAAAAUGUGCAAUAUACUGAUGGAAGGGGAAAAGGAAGAGACAUCUAAAUGAAAUUAGUAUCUCUGUAAAUGGUUUUCUAUUCUCAAGGGAAAGGAGGCUGCUUGCUUAAAGAAACUUAGGAUAGGCAAGCAAGCUUCACACCUGAAAGCUUUGUUUUCUGGCAAGAAGUGGCUGACUUAAAACUGUACUGCCAGACUAAGUCAUAAAAUAACUUAAAAUCUGGACAUUAUGGGAUGGGAUUAUUUUACAGUAUUAAAAUUUGUAAGUGGGACAGGAUAGGAUGGGGGCAGUAGGACAGACGUUUCUCAGAAUGAAAGCGUCUUGAGAAAACAUUGCACUUCAUCUCUUUGAAAUUCCAUGGUUACCCAAAUGCUUUAAAUCAUCAUCAUCAUACUGGAGAUUUGCUUGACCAGAACACCAUGACAAAAGUGAUGAGUAUAGAGUACGUGGGGAAAGGAGUGAGUCUGCAAGAGUUUGAAUGAUAAGCACACCACAGAGAAUAGAUUAGUAAAUAGGAGGGAAUGCAGAAUGAUGAUAAAGAAAAUGGUGUUAUAUUUUAAACACUGCAUGCAUGUGUACUAGAUGUUACAAUUUUGUGUUAUUGCUUACUGCAGCAAUGAAUAAUAGCCCUGCCUAAGACUGAGACUUUGUGAAGAAAGUAAAAAUGGUCAAACUUCCAGAAUGUAGACUAGUUCUGCAUCUAACUGGACUUCACUUAGGCAUUAAGCCAUUUAACAUUCAAAAUCAAUUUAAGAGUUCAGUUGAGUCUGGCAGGAAAAAAAGAUGUGGUUUUGAUGGUACAAGAGUACUUUGCUACAAAAGGAAAACACUGUAUUCCUUAUCAAAGCACGUUUAUAGUACUUUAUUUAUAAUAAAAAUGUUGACUCUUUUAUCUCAACUCAGUUAUUCAAGUGCAGUACUUUUUAAGAGAAGUUUUGUAUUAUGUACCACACCUUAUAUUUUGCAUUACUGCUAUACAUGUAUUGCUUUGCACCCAUGUUAAGUACACAAACCAGGUUUUUUUUAGCGGCUAAUAAACUCUUAGCACAGAAAAUAGUUAUUUUUCUAUGCAAACUGCUGCAAGUGGUUACAGCUUUUAUAAGCAUUUCUUACAUAUCUGUACUGUCAUACACAAUCUGUCAUAUAAAACUGUCCUAUCAUUCAUUUACCAAACUUUUCUCAAAUGUGACUCGCUAAUCUAUAUUUGUUUAGCUUCACUAGUAGCAUUUUGCUUCUUUUUAUUUGUAUUUAUAAAAAAAAAUGUACAAUCAUACUACUUUGGAUUGUUGUGCUGAUAUCAUGUGGGUUUAACAUCAAUAAAUAUUACACAAGUUAAUAA